AUGAGUCUAUAUAAACUAAUAACACCAAAGAAGUUUGUCGAAUUAGUCGCAAAGGAGACAACCCGUAGAGUUGUACCAGUUGAUUCUACUUGGUAUAUGCCAAAUUUAAACAAGGAUGCCAAGGCAGAAUUCAAGGACCUUGAACGUAUUCAAAAUGCAGUCUAUUUCGACAUCGACGGAAUUAAGGACACUAAGUCCCCUUAUCCUCACAUGGUUCCAGAUUUGGAAACAUUUAACAAGGGAAUGAGUCAAUUGGGUCUAAAGAGAGAUGAUAUCCUAGUAGUUUAUGAUAGAAUUGGUAAUUUCAGUGCUCCAAGAUGUGCCUGGACAAUUGGUUUGUUUGAACAUCCAAAUGUUUAUCUAUUGAAUAACUUUAAUUUGUACAAGGGUGCAGGAUAUCCAUUAGACACCUCUAAGAAGGAAAGCUUUUCGGAGUAUCCGGUAUCCGAUUACCAUGCUGAUUCUAGUCUGGCCAUUGAUGAGGUGGUGCCUUAUGAAAAUAUAGUGGAUUUAGUUCAAAGUGGUGAUAUAAGAUCUAAAUACAAUUUAGUAGAUGCAAGAGCGUUAGAUAGAUUUGAGGGUAAAGUUCCAGAGCCUAGACCAGAUAUUCCUUCUGGACAUGUCCCAGGUGCCAAUCCUUUACCAUUUGGGGAAGUGUUAAACGAUGGAGCUAAAACAUUUCCAGAAUCCACCGAAGAGAUGGCCAGCCGUAUUGACCAAGUAACUAAGAAAUUAGGCUAUACUAUCGAUCCUAAGAAACCAACCAUUGCAAUGUGUGGCACUGGUGUCACAGGUACUAUCAUCAAAACAGCGUUGGAACACGCGGGUUUCAAGAUGGUCAGACUUUAUGAUGGGUCUUGGACUGAAUGGGCUCUAAGAAGUGGUUCUGAAUUAAUUGCCAAAAAUAGGGAUUAG